GGUUUGACGAAGACGCGUCUGUAGCGUUUCAUUGUUGCUGUACAUACAAGACGAGCGUAUUGAGAUGGCCCUAAUAACAUAAUCCAUCUCCAUUCAUAGACGCACUCGCGCACGCUGCAGCUCCCCAUACAUGUCACACCACCACUCGCCCGCAACUACUCACCCACAAAGUAAUUCUCACGAUUCGCUCCAUCACGCACAGUGUUCCGCACCCCUUGCCCUCGCCAUCCCCACGAUUCACGCUCCCCUCCAUCUCUUUCACACACGAACCACAAUAUCGUUUCCCACUUUCCCCAUCCAGCUCCAUCCGUAUCUCGAAUCCGACCCUUACAAUGCCAUUGUUCGCCCUUGAUGAAAACCCUUCGCAACACCUACCCUUGCACUUCGGCGAGGUGACAGCACUGACAGGCACUUACCAUGCAUGUCUGCGGCGCAGUUGCGAAGAGAGGUUGUAGGACCCACAGCCACGUUGCCGCGUGAUCGCAUCCGGUUCCCCUAUGCGAGAUUCCCUGAGAUCGUAUAACGUGUACCCGAAUACGGCGGGAGAAUGCCGGUAGAAGAACGGAAGGAUUCGAGGAUUGAGGAUGGAAAUUAAAACGGUUGUGCGGCGUGCUCCGCGGAGAGAGGAUGGUGUGGCGUGACUGGCGUAA